AUGCGCUUUCCCUUUUCUCUCUUCGUCUGGGUGGCGUCCAUCUUCGCGACCGUAGCCGCUUCCAGCGCCUUCGGCAACUUCUCGCGCAGCUGCACUGGCGUUGGCCUUGUUCGCAGUUUCUUCCUCGGCGCCACUUGCUGCCACCCGGAAGACGAUGGCACCUACACAGAGUCGGCCAACGAACUUGACCUAACCAUGUGCAUCGGCCUAGACCAGACUAGCGGCCGCAUGCGGUGGGAGGUGUAUGGCAAGUUUUCCAACUACUGUACCGAUUGUACAAUAUACACGCCGACGGGCAAAGUAGAGCACCUUCUCACUUGCUCCUGCGAGCCGUUGGUGGGCGGCCGCGGCCCCGUCCGGUCGACUCUCAACCUGGACGAAGGCAUCGCCAACGACUGGGGGAUCCUCAAAUGUGCGGGCGGCAUUGCUGCUUCACCUCGGGGUGGUGGAGACUAA